AUGGCACACCGCAUCAUCUCGCAAAUCGUCCUCACCGGCGGCCGAGUAUUCGGGCGAGCCUUUGCCGAAGCCUGGCGACAAGCCGCCGCGUCCCAGAAAUAUGCCGCUGCUUCAGCGAACAAUCCUGGAUCCGCAACGACCUUUGCAUCAUCAGGCCUGACACUGGAGGAGGCGUGCAAGAUAUUGAAUGUAGCACCGCCUAAGGGAGGCAAGGCGGACCUGGAGAGCGUAACGGAGAGGUUCAAGAAGCUGUUCGACCUCAACAAUCCGAAGAACGGGGGGAGCUUCUAUCUACAAAGCAAGAUAUUGCGGGCGAGAGAGCGGAUAGAGUUGGAGGUGCGGACGGCGGAGCAGACGGCGUCAAGAGAGCAAGAGCUGAAGGAGGGGUGGAAUCCAAAGGUAUACAAGGACCGGUAG